CGCAAAUUUUAGUAGUACCAUGGCGGAUGAUACCUUGAUGUUCCAUAAGGAAUCUUUGGCUUGUAUCGCCAAAUAUGCGGAGGAAAGGAAUCUAAACACCGGGUUCUUGAGGUGGUAAAGAUCGAUACCUGUUCUCUUUGGUGAUUACUGCAUGCUUUGGCGGCUAACAACCUGCUGUUCACAGUUUGUCAGCAGACAGAAGAAACAAGCUUAUUGAAUUUGUUAAUGGUGAAGAUAGCGAAGUGGACCAUGAAUUUAUGGAUCUUUUCCAUGUGAUUGUAGCCAAUAUUGGCCCCAAAGUCCAUCCCAAGCUUCUUGAGUUGGUUGUUAAAAUCGGUAUAAACUUUGCCCAAGAGGACGAUGAUGCCUUCUGGUUUGCCCUUAUCGACUGUACAGAUUUCGGACUCACUUUCAACACACCACAUUUGGUCGAACUGCUCCUCAAUCAGGUGCUUUUGAAGAACGAAAACAGUUGGAAAGCCAUGUGCUUGCUAUGUGUCUUUCUUCUGGAUUACUCCAGUGUUAAGCAGUUAUUGGUUAACUCAAUCAUGUAUAACGUUGGCGAAAUCACAAAGAUGUUCAAUCCUGUGACCGAUUAUACCACGUGCUGUUAUUUGGUUGAAUUGGUAUCACAGUUAUCAUCUCAGGUUGUUUCCAAGGCUCUUUUCCCAGGAUACUCUUUCCCCUUCGGCGCGUAUGCCAACGAUGAAAGAUGUAAAGAAUUUUUGGACCGUUUUUGUACGGAUCCGUCAAUUCACAAGUUUUUGUACUUGGAAAUUGAUUCGUCGUCUCAAUCGUCAAGCAGUUCAUGUCAAGUCCACAAACUGUGGUUUGUAAUCUUUGUUGAUCAUGAUGGUGUCUCUGCUCCCAUCGAGAUCCCCCGGCAUGAUAUCAUCAAUGUUCAAUUAUACGGCUCAAGUGUUCAGUUUGAGGUUGAUACACCGUCAACAAAGUCAUUGAUCAACUUUGAUAUAUCUUCUGGCUCUAAAGUUAAAAUUAUUUUGGAGUCGAACCGUGACGCUGUUCAACUUUACCAAGAUUUGAGCAAUUCUACAGUCACAUCACCAUUGCCCUGUCGGAGAAAAAUCAGUGUUUCUGAGAACUUUAUAAAGGUUGUAACUACGAAAGACAAUGAUCAAGAACUGUCAGAUGCCGAUACUGUCAUUGAGGACUGUCUGGUGGAGGUAGCACCAGGUACAAAGGUUUGGCCAGCCUUUGGAUUGAAUAAUGAGCCGUCCGAAAUUGAACAAACAGAUUCCUUAUUUGGAUCGAAUCAUGCUAGCACAACAAAAGAUACCACCCAUUGCUCAAAACGCGGCCAACCUAUACCUGUUAUUCCAUCUGAACCUAAAGUAGCUGGCAAGCUGAGCUCCUCAGAGGAACCAACAUCACAAACAAAACAUGUUGCCAAACCGAGCGUGCUGACUUUGAAAGAUAUUUGGGACUUUAACUCUGACUUGGGAUCAACCGCAUCAGCUAAAACCGAAAAACGCUACACCAAAGCCCAUACCAUAAAGUUUGACAUUGAGAGUUGCAAGAAAAUCAAGAAGCCUAACGUUCAGCGGAAGCUUGAAGAUGCUAGCACUUUCGAAAAGACCAAUCUAGAUGUUGUUAUUCCUGAUUCUCAAGGAUUCGAGUUUUAUUCUGAAAUGACUUCUCCGAUCAUAUCACUGCGUCAUCGUGUCAACAGUAGGGCCCUUUCAAGAGCUAAAGUUGAAAGGCCUUCUGUUGUUAAAUCAAGUCAACCUGGUGCAGACAGAACUCUUAUUACUUAUGAUGGCGAUGGUUACAAGUCAACACAAGGCGAGAGCACAAUCAGAAGGUCUAGACCUAAAUGUAUUGAGAAAAUCUCCAACAUUGGUAAGGCUAAAAUGACAAUCAAACCAAUUGAGCAUAAAUAUACAGCUCCUGGUACCGACACAGGACAACUGAGCUCUAAAAACAUUACAGGUUUGACUUUUGUGCCUGAUGCGGAAAGCACAAAUGUGGAGAAACUCGUUGAAAGCCCAGAUGGGGAUAGUGCCAUCACUGACGGAAAUGUGGCACAGUGCGGGGGCGCAAUUGAUUUGAGGGCCAUUGACAAUCACACUGGUCAGCUAAAUAAUAAUUCAUGUCUAGGCGACUUGGAGUAUACAAAUGAGCUGUUAUCUGAGGCAUAUACUGUCACUCUACAGAAUGAGAUCUACAAGUCGGUAAAUAUAUUUUCAGAUGACCUUGUGUCCAAGAUACGUCUUAUCAAUGAGGAAAUCAACAAGAAGGUCACGAAUGACCUUAGGCACAAAUACGAGAAAAUAUUUGACAAUUUGAAGACAUCAUUUCAGAAGGACGUUGAUGAGGUGUGUGGCUUUGUUAACGGAGUGAAAGGUCUACUAUGUCUUCCAGAAAAAGAAUUAGUUGAAUAUAUUCGACAAAGAACGACAGACCAUAACUAGGGGCGACGUUUUAUUCUGUAUGAAGUGAUGACGAUCCAUUCGUAUCCAUGCAAUCAAUCUCAUUUCUGAUAUGUACUUUUUUCCCCUUUACAUUACUAUUUUGUGUUGGAUAUAUCGUUAUGGGUUACCGGUCUGUGUGAUAUACUGUCUGGGGAGCUAAUAUUGUUCUUAUAACCAACAUACAUUACAGUGGUUGAGCUUGGGAAUAGACGGCAUAACUAUUCCCGGCCUAUAGUAAUGCUAUUAUGAAUCACUAAACGUUACAGUAUUUAGCUAAAGUUAUAACCUAGACAGUGUAGAACUUGCUUCUACUUUUUGCUUAUCGGAUAAGCGUAUUUGUG